AUCCCUCAUGAAAGCUCAAAUCUUUCCCCUUGGACUUCCAAAAGACGCAGAUUCUAUGCCUCUUCGGUGCCCAUCUUCAUUCUACCUCAAGAAGAAAUCGAGAUAGUUCCCAUUGAAUCUGACAAUUCCUCGGGGAAACCAACAGCCGCAACUUUCUGGUGGCAAUUGGCUCGCCUCUAUACAUCCAUUGGGAGAAGUGAAGAAAUUCUUGGAUGGCUCUGUGAUCGCUGGACGUCAGGAUCAGAUUCAACCCAUCUGCUUGAACGCCUUGGCAAAGCGAUAUUAGCAAACGGAUCCUAUGUACACCCACUGAUGAAAAUGAAUCAGAGCCCAAUGUAUCAAGUAGAAUGGACAUUAAGGAAACAGAUAGAGGAGUUAUUACAUCGCCUAAACCGUUUGGGUUCUUGGGAAGACUUGGAUGUCUAUGCAAUGGACUCCGCAAAGUACCUUGGGGCCACCCAAGAGGACGACUUUUCGCCUAGUUUGGAUGAAGCUUCAACUUCAAAUAUACAUACAGAUGAACUGGCUUCAUUGUGGAAGGAACCCUAUCUCGCUGACAGUAUUCUUCCACAUGCCGUCCAUUCACGUCUUCAAAUAUGCCUCUCGUCUGAGAUCAGCAGGGUCCUUUCCAAUCAACUGCAGGACACAACUGACAAAUUAUCCCAAUUUGCACGCAUAAUGGACGCCUGCCUCCUUUCCACGUCACAAGACGCCGAGCCUAGAUACGCCUAUGAAUUGGCCAUUCUAAGCAUCCUUCGUAAUGACUUGAGCAAAGCCCAAUUUUAUUGCAAAGAAGCCUUCAGUUAUUUGGCACGGACUUGGUCAUCGAAAGAAGACAAAGAGGAGUGCCUAGAAAGAGUUCAGCUUACCACAGAGCUGAAGGAAUAUCUAGAAGCAUCAAGUAGUGGACCUGAUUCAGAUGCAGCUUUGAAAAUUCUAUUAUCAUGGCAAGAACGAUGCUCUGCGAUAAAAUGCAGCGAGGAAGUAACAAAUUCUAGAUUGGUAGAAUCUGAAAAUCUCUCUUUGGAGGAGCAAUUCCUUCCAGCAUAUAUCGAUUUUCGUCUUAAGUGUUGUAAUGAUUUCUCCCGCAGUGGAAAUGCUAAAAGAGCCUUAAAUAUCCUUCCACAACUGUAUCAGUUAGUAGGAAAAACCGACAAAGGUGGUAAAUAUCGUCGAUUAGCAUGGUGUAGUGCUUUUUCACGAGCUUGGAUGUCAGAGUACUUUAAAAAUGUGGUCUACUGUUUCGAAGAGGAAAAUUUGUCGAUUAACCUUGAAAAUGGUUUGGGACAAUGCUUAUCUUCACUGUCUCAGUGCAUUGAUGUUUAUGACCGUCUGAAAGAACCCUCUUCAGUUAAAAGCCUUGAUCUCGGUAUUGUCUUAUUUUCUCACGCCAUCUCCAUUGCUCAAGUUCUUUCAUCAUUUCACGACCUCUCGUUGUCUGGAAGAUUAAGCGACGCUUCUUCCAAGCGUCUAAUAUCAUCAUUUCAGCCUACUUUAAAAGCCAGAUUCGUCAAGAUUCAUGGAUUACAGGAGUUAGAUAAAGCCGAGGACUUUAUUCAAGCCAGUGCAUUUGCUUUCUUCAAGCGAUGUGUCGAUUUGGCGAUGGGUGUUCCGUGGGCAGAAGAUGAGGAGUGGAGAGUGCCGGUUUCAGCGGAAAAUUUACUUUGCAGACGAAAUCUUAUGGUUUAUAAACCUGAGGAGGCUCUUUUAGAAGUGGCGAACUUCUGUAAUAGCCGAAUUGAUGAAGAAAUCGCUAUUCAGGCUUCAUACGCGGAAAUGUUCAGUCGUUCCGUGUUGACUGCCAUGAGAUUGGGAUCUGAAGGUGGACGAAUUCGCUUUGGUCGAGUUCUUCAACUGGAAUGGUUUGACAGACUUAUGAUGGCUCCACUUGAAGGAGGGCUUUGUCUCGUUAAAAAUAUUAUCCGUCGGAUUGCGGCGGAGUUUCCUCAAGGUCUGUCUCUUCCAUUCCGAGUUCUGUUGACUUCAUUCUGUGAUUGGAAGUUUGUCGGGCAGUCUUCCUUUGAACACUUCAUGGCGAAGUUAAUGCAGGAGGGUAAUGGUGAUGCAGCUACUUUCUACUCCGAGUGA